AUGAACUUCCCAUUCGUAGCACUGUCCGCAGCGAUUUUCCAGACAGAAGGAAUCACCAAAGAGAAAGUGUCUGCCGUCCAACAGAUGACGCAAAACAUAUUGGAUGAAAUUGGAACUACUUUGAGCAAGUCACCGUGGCUGGACUGGCAAACGCGACUAGACGCGCAGCACAAGUCAGCCAGCGUUUCACGCGUCGUUGGCUUUCCUCUCGGUCUGUGGAGCAGUCAAGCAAUCGACGUUUAUAUGACUGACGUUCCAGACGUCGGCAAGUCCUUUCUCGCCAGCACUAUUGAAGUCGUCAAAGCAAUUUCGAAGAGGAACUGGGAUAUAGUCUUAAGCGACAAAUCAUUUAGUGCAGUUCUUGACCUGUUCGUUUCAACCAUGGGCAGAAUGUACCAGGCGAAGGCAACAUAUAUCAGGGACUACAAUGCCCUGGUCAUUUCUCCGGCUGCAAUAGCGAAGCCAGUGUUCAUAAACGGCGGACCUCCUGAAGUCAAUUACGGAGCCCUGGGCCGUCUGGUUAGCGCUCAAAUAAUGCGCGCCUUCGACGAAACUGGCCAAAAGUAUGGUGCCACCGGUCAACCUGUCGACUGGUUUACGAAGGACAGCAAAAUGGCGUACGCCGAGAAAGUCAGGUGUCACCGGGAAAGACUUACGGCUUCUCCACUUGCGAGGCGCUACGGAGAUCACCCGGAGUAUCUCACCGACAUCAUGAGUGCGCACACUCUUCUCAGAGCCUACAGGAUUGCGUCGGAGAGGUCCUCUGUUACCUUGGGCGAUGUCAAGGGGCUGACCAGUGAACAACUCUUCUACGUGUCCUGGUGCUUGCUCUGGUGCGGAAAGGACAUGCCGGGAAAACCACCACUAGAAGGAAGGUGCAACCUGCCUCUCAUGAACUCGGAAGACUUUAGCGAAGCGUUUAGGUGCUCCGCCGGCGCUGCUAUGAACGCAGAAAAAAAGUGCCAUUUCUGGUAA